CAGAAUUCCUUCUUCUUGAGAGAGAGAGAGAGAGAGCGAGAGAUGGGGAGCGUGAAGGUGUACGGGCCGGCCAUGUCGACGGCCGUGUCGAGAGUCAUGGCUUGCCUCCUAGAGAAGGAGAUGCCCUUCCAACUCCUCCCUAUCCACCUCCCCAAAGCCCAACACAAGUCUCCUGACUUCCUCAAGCUCCAGCCAUUCGGCCAAGUGCCAGCCUUCCAAGACGGCGACGGCACCACCCUUUUCGAGUCGCGGGCCAUCUGUCGUUACAUCUGCGACAAGUUCGCCGGCCAAGGCAACCGGUCGUUGCUCGGCCGAGAAGGCGGCGGUGCCGCCGACCGGGCGCGCGUGGACCAGUGGGUGGAGGCCGAG